GUGGGACAAUUCUCUAAGCAUAAAUAAAAUCAUUAAUUUUGGGUGUGUAUCAGAUGUUAAGCAUGUUUUGAUUUGUUCCAGUAGCCGGAUCGAGCUGGGAGAUGUGACGCCACACAACAUAAAGCAGCUGAAGAGGCUGAACCAGGUCAUUUUUCCUGUCAGCUACAAUGACAAGUUCUACAAGGAUGUACUGGAGGUUGGCGAACUAGCCAAAUUAGCCUAUUUCAAUGACAUUGCAGUGGGAGCAGUGUGCUGUAGGGUGGAUCAUUCGCAGAACCAGAAGAGACUGUACAUAAUGACACUCGGAUGCCUGGCACCCUACCGAAGGCUAGGAAUAGGAACUAAAAUGUUGAAUCAUGUCUUAAACAUCUGCGAAAAAGAUGGCACUUUUGACAACAUCUAUCUGCAUGUCCAGAUCAGCAAUGAGUCUGCGAUUGACUUCUACAGAAAGUUUGGCUUUGAGAUCAUUGAGACAAAGAAAAACUACUACAAGAGGAUAGAGCCUGCAGAUGCCCACGUGCUGCAGAAAAACCUCAAAGCCCCUUAUCUUGGCCAGAACGCAGAUGUGCAAAAGACCGACAACUGAACAAACCCCCAACGAACACUUUCUUGCACUUGCUUGUCGCCAAAUAAGGAAAGAGAGGCCUCUU